CUUACCACAGCACCUUCAGAGGGUCAGGGUUACAGCGCGCAAGCCACCACCACUCCCAGGAGCCUCACCGGCGCGCCGCUAUAAAAGCUGGCCACAAAAUGAUGGCGGCAUCAGUACCUGUCCAAACAGCAACCAUGAAGUUUGUGAUCCUCGCCGCCCUGGCCGCCGUGGCCCUCGCCAAGCCUGUGUAUGAUGACUCCCACUCCUUCGAGAGCUUGGAGCACAUCCCCAUCCUGAAGGACGAGCGUGUCCACGAGGAUGACGGCAGGUUCAGCAUGGACAUGGAGACUGGCAACGGCAUCUCCUUCUCCAAGUCUGGCACUCCUGACGGCCCCGAGGGCACCGUUGUCAUGUCCGGAGUCUACUCCUACACCGCCCCUGACGGCACCCCCGUUGAGGUCAAGUUCGUCGCCGACGAGGGCGGCUACCAGCCCGACUCUGCCCUUCUGCCCGUGGCCCCCGCCUUCCCCCACCCCAUCCCCCAGUUCGUGCUGGACCAGAUCGCUAAGGCCGCCCGUGAGGACGCCGAGCGCUCCUCCGAAGAGGGAUACUCCUACGCCUAAAUCAUUUUUAUCACAUUUCCACUCUACGACUCUCCUUUGUACUAUGUAUUUACCUAUUUAUUUCAUAAAUAAAUCUCUCAGUUAUCAUUACUCAUAUUAUUUACAUUUUUGCCUGAGAAAUGUCACUCUUGUGUACUAUGAGAUUCUUCUUGGAGGCAAUCAGGCAUCUGCAUAAUGGUGAAGGGAUUCUGCAGGUUAUUUGUAACUUUCCUUCUGUUCCCUAUGACUAAAGAUAUUUAUAUUUCGUCGCUACCGAAAAAGAAGUUCUUCGUGUACAAAAGAGUUUGACACUCAUAUUUGUGUGUCCACUUUUAUUCAGCUUCAACUGAGACCUGGUUCUUGUGUGUGAUAGCUUGUUUUUAUGCUUUCCUCUUUCAUAUUUACUAUUUUCUACAUUAGUUAAUUAAGUUUUAAUAAUUUUUACAUUCCUAUAAUUAUAAAUAUUUUGUGCGAUGUUAUAUUUCAAGUUUUUCAUCGGAAAAUAUACCAAAUUUCCUAAAUAUUUAAUAUCUAAAUUAGAUCAUUGUUAAAUUCACGUUUUUCAUAUUGAAAUGUUUGAAUCAUUACUUGAUGAAUAUAAUGCUGAUACUGUUAUAUAGGCAGCUGAGUAGUGAUUCUGGUAGACAAACUUCAUGUAAAGUAUUCCUGGAUUAGCCUGAGAUUUGUCUACCACCUUUACUACUCAUGAUGAAAUUCGCAUCCCAGCAAGUAGGAUUUUCAUGCAUAGUAACAUUACUGAACAGAGUCGGGUAGUCUGACUGAGGAUCCACGAAACACUUAGCUUCAUUUUACAACUCUUGUAACUACUGUGCAGUUUUCCUUUAUAUUUGUAUAGUUUUAGCAAGGUGACAUUUUCGUAUCAUGUGUCACUGCGGCGCUGCCUUUGGAGCCAUCGAAUUGGGGUUGUUUCUUACAUUCUCUGUACAUGGCAGGGACACAGAUGCCGUAUUAGUCUGAUUUCUCAUUAAAUGACUACUCUUUCACAGUUCCGUCCUUCGGUACCUCUUGCUAAAAAAGUCGGCCAUUAUAUUGAAGCAUUUUUCAUUUAACCUAAUAAAGCUUGAUUAUUUUUUCA